CAGUUGUGCGCAUGGAUGAACGCAGGGAAGAGCAAAUUGUGCAGCUGUUGAAUACUGUCCAAACUAAAAAUGAAAAGGAGCAGGAAGCCAUGUCCUGGUGGUCUGGGGAUGAAGAAGGACCUACUCCUGAACAGCCUGCAAAAGUGAAGCCAGAUGCUGAGAAAGCUCCUGUAAGACAGAGGCCAGUCUUGGAAAAAACUUUUCUUGACCGGGAUGUGGAAUAUCUCUUUGAAAACAAUGAGCAGGAUACUGAUUUAGAUGAGCAACUUAAAGAAGACUUAAGAAAGAAGAAAUCUGAUCCCAGAUAUGUUGAAAUGCAGAGGUUCAGAGAGAAACUCCCCUCAUAUGGGAUGAGACAGGAGCUUGUGAACCUCAUAAACAAUAAUCGAGUAACAGUGAUAAGUGGGGAAACUGGCUGUGGGAAGACAACCCAAGUUACCCAGUUCAUCUUGGAUGACUAUAUAGAGCGAGGGAAGGGGUCUACGUGCAGGAUUGUUUGUACUCAGCCUCGGAGGAUCAGUGCUAUCUCGGUGGCUGAGAGAGUUGCUGCUGAAAGGGCAGAAGCAUGUGGUAAUGGCAAGAGUACAGGAUACCAAAUCCGUCUGCAGAGUCGGUUACCACGGAAACAAGGUUCGAUUUUAUACUGUACCACAGGAAUUGUCCUACAGUGGCUCCAGUCAGAUAAGCACUUGUCCAGCAUUAGUCAUGUAGUCCUUGAUGAAAUUCAUGAACGAAACCUUCAAUCAGAUGUUUUAAUGAGCAUCAUUAAAGAUCUUUUGAAUAUUCGUUUGGAUCUGAAAGUAAUACUAAUGAGUGCUACUUUAAAUGCAGAGAAGUUUUCGGAGUAUUUUGAUAAUUGCCCAAUGAUUCACAUACCUGGCUUCACGUUCCCCGUGGUGGAAUAUCUUCUUGAAGAUGUAAUUGAGAAGUUGAGGUACACUCCGGAAAACACAGACCGUCGGCCGCGGUGGAAGAAGGGCUUCAUGCAAGGACAUGUAAGCAGACCAGAAAAAGAAGAAAAAGAGGAAAUCUACAGGGAACGAUGGCCAGACUACUUGAGGCAGCUGCGGGGCAGGUAUUCGGCGAGUACUAUAGAUGCCUUGGAAAUGAUGGAUGAUGACAAGGUUGACCUUGACCUUAUAGCAGCGCUUAUCAGACACAUCGUUUUGGAAGAAGAGGAUGGUGCAAUUCUAGUGUUUCUUCCAGGCUGGGACAACAUUAGCACUUUGCACGAUCUCUUGAUGUCACAAGUCAUGUUUAAGUCAGAUAGGUUUGUUAUCAUACCUUUACAUUCAUUGAUGCCUACUGUUAACCAGACUCAGGUUUUUAAGAAGACCCCCCCAGGAGUGAGGAAAAUCGUGAUUGCUACCAACAUUGCAGAGACUAGCAUUACAAUAGAUGACGUCGUGUUCGUUAUAGAUGGUGGAAAAAUAAAGGAAACCCACUUUGACACGCAGAACAACAUCAGCACAAUGGCAGCAGAGUGGGUUAGCAAGGCUAAUGCCAAGCAGAGGAAGGGUCGGGCAGGAAGAGUUCAGCCAGGCCACUGCUAUCAUCUGUACAACGGGCUGCGUGCUAGCCUGCUAGAUGAUUACCAGUUACCGGAGAUCUUGAGGACGCCUUUGGAAGAGCUCUGCUUACAAAUCAAGAUUCUAAAGCUUGGUGGAAUUGCUUAUUUUCUGAGCAAACUAAUGGAUCCACCAUCUCGUGAUGCUGUAAUGCUGGCCAUCAAUCAUCUAAUGGAGCUGAAUGCUUUGGACAGACAAGAAGAACUGACUCCGCUCGGUGUCCAUUUAGCACGAUUACCAGUUGAGCCACAUAUUGGAAAGAUGAUCCUCUUUGGAGCUUUGUUCUGCUGCUUGGAUCCAGUGCUUACAAUUGCAGCUAGCCUCAGCUUCAAAGACCCUUUUGUCAUUCCUCUGGGCAAAGAGAAAGUCGCAGAUGCAAGAAGAAAGGAACUGUCGAAGAACACUAAAAGUGAUCAUCUGACUGUGGUGAAUGCUUUCACGGGCUGGGAAGAGACUCGGCGCCGUGGUUUCAGAACCGAGAAAGACUAUUGCUGGGAAUAUUUCCUGUCUUCAAAUACACUGCAGAUGCUGCAUAACAUGAAAGGACAGUUUGCUGAGCAUCUGCUUGCAGCGGGAUUUGUGAAUAGCAGAGACCCCAAGGAUCCCAAAUCGAAUACGAACUCGGACAAUGAGAAGUUGCUCAAAGCGGUCAUCUGUGCUGGCUUAUAUCCAAAAGUUGCAAAGAUCCGGCCAAGCUUCAGCAAAAAGAGGAAAAUGGUGAAAGUUUGCACCAAGACAGAUGGAACAGUUAAUAUUCAUCCUAAAUCAGUUAAUGUGGAAGAAACAGAGUUCCAUUAUAACUGGCUCGUGUACCAUUUGAAGAUGAGAACUAGCAGUAUUUACUUGUACGAUUGCACAGAGGUCUCUCCAUACUGCCUCUUGUUCUUCGGAGGAGAUAUAUCCAUUCAGAAGGACAAAGAUCAGGAUACCAUCGCUGUGGACGAGUGGAUUGUUUUCCAGUCUCCGGCAAGGAUAGCGCACUUGGUUAAGAAUUUAAGACAAGAGCUCGAUGAUCUUCUACAAGAAAAAAUAGAAAACCCACAUCCUGUGGACUGGAAUGAUAUUAAAUCCAGGGAUACAGCAGUACUGACAGCUAUUAUAGACUUAAUCACAACACAGGAGAAUGAAAGUGCCAGAAACUAUGCGCCCCGGUUCCAGAGUGAACGCUAUAGUUGA